UAUAGCCGGUUAAGUAACUAAUUAACUCCUUUUGCUUCUUCAGCAAAGUCUUAGUGUGUCAGAUGAGAGAACUGUGGCUGAGAAGAAAUGGAAGAACUUCCCUACGCACUGUUAUCCCACAGCGGUGGAUCACGUGGUCUUCCAAAACAUUAUGAAAGCAUUGUAAAACAGCACUUCCAUAUUGUAUACCUGGAUGAGUUUAACAACAACAAGGAGCUAUAUGCCCCAAAGGUCCAGGCUCUCUUGUUGUGGUGGCACCUGCCUGUAGUGACGAAAGAACUUCUAGAGUCUUUUCCCAAUCUUAAAGUGGUCUCAAGCUCUGGAGCAGGAGUGGAUCACAUGGAUCUGAAGCUGAUAUCAAGUUAUGGAAUAAAAGUCACCAAUACACCCGGUGUGGGAAAUGAUGCCACUGCCGAUAUGGGGAUGGCUCUUAUGCUUGCGUCUGCCAAAAAUGUAGUAGAAGGUCACGGAAUUUCAUGUUCACCUGACACAAAAGACUUUGAUUUUAACUGGGUGGGCGAUGACAUUACAGAAGCAACAUUGGGCAUUAUUGGAAUGGGCAGUAUUGGCUACAGCAUUGCUCAGCGGUCUAAAGCGUUUAGAAUGAGAAUUCUUUAUUAUAACAGGAACAGAAGGCCUGUGGAGGAAGAAUUGGCCGUGGGUGCCGAGUACUGCAAUACUAUGGCCGACUUGCUCCAGCAAAGUGACUUUGUGAUGGUGGUCGUCAAGCUGACUCCAGAAACUCACAAUUUGAUUGGACGUGAGCAACUUCAACUGAUGAAGUCCACAGCAACCCUUAUCAACAUCAGUCGAGGCCAAGUCAUUGACCAGGAUGCUUUGGUAGAUGCCUUGAAAUGUGGAGUUAUCAAAUCUGCAGCUCUAGAUGUCACGCAUCCAGAACCCCUACCAAGAGAUCAUCCUUUGCUAAAGAUGAAGAAUCUAACUCUGACACCACAUAUAGGAAUUGCAACAGAUAAGACAAGAAGAAGAGUACUUGAAAAGGUUGUACUGGGUGCAAUAGGCAUCAUAAAAGGUCUGCCUGUAACUGGCAUGGUGGAUGUUCUGUAA